GAAACACCCACACUUGUGAUGUGAGGAAGGUUACAGAAUUGUGCUCGCUCAGUCCUUUAAAGGUGAAAUUGAGAACAGGAAGGACUACAACUUCCCCUAGCAUUUCUCAUCAUAAUCGAGGGCGUUUGCAGCAGCUCAGUCGGAACGGACAUGGCGUCUGCCAGCUCCUGUGUCGUGAUCAAUGAUGAGGAGCAAGGUUAUGACCUGGACCUCUUCUGUAUACCGAAACAUUAUGCGUCUGACCUGGAGCGGGUGUAUAUUCCACAUGGACUCAUCAUGGACAGAACUGAACGUCUGGCCAGAGAUAUCAUGAAGGACAUGGGCGCGCAUCAUAUUGUGGCUCUGUGUGUGCUCAAAGGGGGCUACAAAUUUUUUGCUGACCUCUUAGAUUACAUCAAAGCGCUUAAUCGCAACAGCGAUCGCUCCAUUCCCAUGACUGUGGACUUCAUCCGUCUCAAGAGUUACCAAAAUGACCAAUCUACAGGUGACAUCAAAGUGAUCGGCGGAGAUGAUCUGUCCACACUCAAAGGAAAGAAUGUCUUGAUUGUUGAGGACAUCAUUGAUACUGGGAAGACAAUGAAGACCCUGCUGGAACUACUCAAGCAAUAUAAUCCUAAAAUGGUCAAAGUGGCCAGUUUGCUGGUGAAAAGGACACCUAGGAGUGUUGGCUACAGACCAGACUUUGUAGGAUUUGAGGUUCCUGACAAAUUUGUGGUUGGAUAUGCACUUGACUACAAUGAGUACUUUAGGGAUUUAAAUCACAUAUGCGUCAUCAGUGAAACGGGAAAGGAGAAGUACAAAGCAUGAGAAGCCCUGAACUUCCCCCUCUAACUGUGUACCAUUUGUUCUUAGUGGAUGUUUUUUUAAUUAUUAUUUUCUAUCCAUUUUGUAUUUUUUUCAGUUGCACAGCUCACCGCAGGUUAGCAGGUCCUUUGUUCAGCGUCUCUGGGGAGGUGUGUGCUGUAAAUCAAUGCACCUUACAUUUACAUUAGCUUAUACCUCCACAGGCAUCCCACACACAUUAGUAACCACAAACGCUUUUCAAUUCAGUCUCUGAGAACAGAGGUCUCAGGGUUAGACUGCUCUUCAUUACAGUGGGUGUUUUAAACAACCAUUUAAUGUAAUGGCCAGAUUCCCUUUGAUUUAUUAUAACCUUUUUGUGUGUGUGUGUGUGCUAGACACUAUGGAUAGGUGUUUAUGAUAUGAUGAACAGAAUAUUGAUUUUAGGUUGCCUUGCUUUGCUAUUCAAUAGUGAACACACAAUGUGUGAAUUUGAAAAGACCACUGGUGUUUCCAAAUGUCGGAACCAUAAUAUGAACCCUGUUAUUAUUGAUUCAAAUCAGUGAGUAUUGUAAUAUUGAAUAUGUUGAAUGUACUUUUUUUUCCAAUCAUAUUUCAAAUUUAUUGACAUUUUAAAGCCAAAUAUCGCCCUGUUUUUAUUAUUUUAUUUUUGUAAUUUGUAUCGGUUUAAUUAUCCUGUCAAGAUAUUUAUUUGUGUCCACUUACUGUAGUUAUGAUUACUAAUUAUAUUAAUGAGAUUGAAAUGAAACGGAAAAAAAAAAAUCUUACAGUGCCUUAUAUGAUCAUUUGUAUGACCAGUUAUGCUAUGAAAAUGAAUGAAAAACUUGUAAAACAUGUGACCUCACCACUGUUCAACCACCUGUCAAUCUUAAAAAAUUAUUAAAAGAAUUUUAAGUAUUAA